AAAAAUAAAUCUCCUUUUGACAAAAUAUUAGUUCUUCUCUCCUUCUUCCUCUUAGAUUCCAACGACCCAAUUAUGGAAUUGAAACCCUAAUGAUUAAUUCGUUUCUAUUUAUAGCACAAAAUCCCCAAAUUUUUUGAAACUUGAAAUUUUUUUAAAAAUGGGUUUUCAAAUUUCGGAUGAAUUGUUGGGUACUUUUGUUCCGAUCAUAGUUUAUUGGGCGUAUUCGGGAUUAUAUAUUUGUUUAGGGUGUUUUGAUAAUUACAGGUUGCAUACUAAGCAGGAUGAAGAUGAGAAAAAUUUGGUAUCUAAAUCUACUGUUCUUAAAGGUGUUCUUCUUCAGCAAUCUAUUCAAGCCGUUGUUGCCAUCAUCUUGUUCACGGUAACCGGAGAUGAUUCGCAGGAUGCUUCGGGUGAAAAACCGUCGCUAAUAGUUCUAGCUAGUCAGUUUGUUACUGGAAUGGUGAUUCUGGAUACUUGGCAGUAUUUUAUGCAUAGAUAUAUGCAUUACAAUAAGUUUCUGUACAAGCAUAUCCAUUCUCAACACCACCGCCUUGUUGUCCCGUAUGCGUUUGGAGCUCUCUACAAUCAUCCCGCAGAGGGGCUUUUGCUGGACACGAUUGGAGGGGUUUUAUCGUUUCUUCUCUCGGGCAUGUCUCCUAGAACCUCCAUUUUCUUCUUCUCGUUUGCUACCAUCAAAACCGUAGAUGAUCAUUGUGGGUUAUGGCUUCCGGGGAACCUUUUCCACGCCGUCUUUAAGAAUAACACUGCCUACCACGAUGUCCAUCAUCAGCUUUACGGUAGCAAAUACAACUUUUCGCAGCCUUUCUUUGUUACAUGGGAUAAAAUGCUCGGAACUUAUAUGCCGUACACUCUUGAGAAGCGAGAAGAAGGUGGCUUUGAAGCACGCCCUGCUAAAGACUGUAAAGCAGACUAAAUUUGUUGCAAAGUUUCUAUCAAAUUUUCCCCCUAUAGACUCUUCCUCGGUUUUUUGUGAUUUGUAUAUACAUAUAUUGUUGUGCUUUGGUUAAUAUAGUGAACAUGGAACAUAAAAAAUGAUAAAAGUUUUAGCACAAUGAAUUUAUGUAUAUAUAUGAUUGUUAUAGUCUUUUCGUCGAUGGCUUGAACA